AUGACGGCCUCCAUUAACUCUAUCCUCCUGACCUUUAUCAACGACUACAAACUGAAAGGACCCAAUUAUAAUGACUGGCAUCGGAGUAUUAUGUUACUCUUGACUGCAGAACGUCUGUCUGCAAUUCUUGAUGAUGUGGUCCCUCAGAAACCCACUGAUGAUGAGUAUGAUGCGAAUGAAACCUACGAAUACUUUCAUUCAUGUGCUUCAAAGGUUAUGUUAUACAUCCUUGGAUCGGUUGAUAAAUCGAUCGCUGACUCUGUGAAAGGCAUAACCUCUACCAAGGGUAUAAUGGAUAAACUCAAUGAACUUUUUAGUCAGAUUGAUGUGCAUGAGCACCAUGAGCUUGUUGAUCUCAUCCAUAAUACCAAGAUGAAAGAGGAAACUCCAGUCAUCGAUCAUGUCAUAAAGAUGAGAAAUUUGUUCGACAAACUGAAAAUCCUGGAUACUUCCAUCACUCUUAAGUAUAAAAGAAAAGUGAUCUUCAACUCUCUCUCCCCUCAGCAUAUAGCCCUUUCGUCUAUGACUUCAACAUGA